CUCCCCACGGCUGCGUGACCCGGAAGCGCUCGUGGAGGCCCCGCCUCUGCUCUCGAUACCGCAUUCUGGGGAAGAGCCACUUCCUUUCUCUGCUCGUGCGCGUCGUGGAGGCUGUAGGCAGGGCCUCAGUAUGCAGAACGACGCCGGCGAGUUCGUGGACUUGUACGUGCCGCGGAAAUGCUCCGCCAGCAACCGCAUCAUUGGCGCCAAGGACCACGCGUCCAUCCAGAUGAACGUGGCCGAGGUUGACAAGGUCACAGGCAGGUUUAAUGGCCAGUUUAAAACCUACGCGAUCUGCGGCGCCAUUCGCAGGAUGGGUGAAUCAGAUGAUUCCAUUCUACGACUGGCCAAAGCUGAUGGCAUCGUCUCAAAGAACUUCUAAAUGGCGAGAGUUGUGGAUGUGGAAAAUCUAUCACAAAUAAACAGUCAGAAAGCA